AUGAAUUCUGAUGCUGGCUUCGACCUCAACAUCAAGACUGACUGGGAACGGGAAGUCAGCAAUAUGACUGAAACCAGUGUCCUCACCUUCACCAACAGAGGAGAGAUCAGGAAGAGCGUUGUUGGCGAGCAGCUCAAGGUUAAGGGCCUUGGAAUCGCCACCGACGUUUUCAGGCGAGCAGAAACAAGCUCGCACGCCGUGAAUAAAGUGACAAAGGAGUCUGAGAGUUCCAUCCGUGUCGCAUUUUGCAAGAGCUGUUCACGGAAACUGCUGCGAAAUAAGAUGUUUGCACAUUUCAUGGUUUCCAUCGUGAUACUGGAUGCGUUCCUGACUGCCAGCGAUAUUAACUACCGGGCACGUGGUGAUGUGACUCCGCAAUACGUUGUGGGUCGCCGUCUGCUGUACGAUUGGCUGGCUUGGCUUGACUUCGCAAUCAUUGCCCUUGGCUGUCUGGACCUAUUGGUCAGCGCCUUUGUGAAGGUGGAGUUUCUCUCGAAAAUUGGUGCCACGCGGGUGCUACGUCUGAUCCGGAUAGUUCGGCUCUUGCAGUUGCUACGCAGGAACAGGUCGCUGAAAGAACUUCAAAAGCUGGUCAACAUGCUGGCUACCUGCCUGAAGACGCUGUUCUGGUCAUUCGUGUUUCUGUGUUUGGUGAUGACUGGAUGGGCCAUGCUGAUUGUGGAGAUCAUCCAUCCAUACAUGCUCGAACUGCCUAGUGAGGAGUUGUUCAGGGACUGCGACCAGUGCAUCCGGGCAACAUCCACUGUCAUGCAUGCAAAUUUGCUGCUAUUCAAGACAGUUAUUGCUGGAGAUGGCUGGGGCCAAAUAGCCGUGCCGAUCAUUGAAGCCUACCCGGAGACGGCCAUUAUUUUCAUUGGAUCGCUGCUUACUCUAGUCUUUGGCGUGCUCAACCUUAUCGUGGCUGUGGUUGUAGACACAUUCGCUGAAGUUCGGGAGAACGACGUAGUCAACUUGGCUCAAGAGUUGGAGUUCAUCAUUGAAGAUGAUCAGAAAGUUCUUCGGGAGAUCUUCGACCGACUGGAUUCCGACCAGGAUGGCCAGUUGACUUUGGACGAGCUACUGGAUGGCGCUCACAACGACUCGGAGUUCCAGAGCAGGUUGAAGGUGAUGGACAUCGACGAGGUCGAUUUGCAGCAGCUAUUUGACAUGAUCGACGUGGAUGCAUCAGGUUCCAUUGCGAUGGAGGAGUUCAUCGUCCCCUUAAGCCGUUGGGUACAUGACUCGAAAACAGCUCCGCGCUUCAUCAAAUACAAUCUCCUACGUGCGCUGACACAACAGGAAGAGCUGCUACGUUUUUCGCACCAGAACUUCAACUCUGUGUUUGAAAGGGUGGACCGUUUGUCUCUUGUCGUCAACGAUCUCGCCGCUAAGCACGGAUGUGGGCCAAGCGCCGCAGUUGGACAGACACAGCAGGCCUCAGAAGACAGUUGCGAAAAGCCGAUAGCAGUGGAUGAUGCAGAAGUCGAUGAUGCAGACCUAAAGAUGCACCAG